AUGUGUGACCAACCGAAAUGCAACCCAGGCUGCCCACCAAAAUGUGAUCGAUGCUGCCAGACAAAAGGCAAUCAAUGCUGCCAACCAAAAUGCCCUCAAUGUAGCCAGCCAAAAUGCCAUCAGUGCUGCCAGCCAAAACCCCCAUGUUGCAUUCAGGCCAAGUGCUGCUGUUUGGAGGCCAAACCCGAGUGCACCUCCCCUGACAAGGAGUCUGAGCCCAACUCACCCGAAACCCAGGGCAAGGGCUCUCAAAGCCAACAACAGCCCCAAAGUCCACAAACUGGGCCCCAACCAGGUUUGGGGGGACAAAAGAAGCCAAACAAGUAG